AGGGAACCCCGCUGUGGGAAUGUGGGGUCAUUGUGGGGCUGUGGGACCCUCGGUGCCGCCCUCCCCACCCACCCGCGUCCCCCCCAGGCCAUGGCCGCCCCCCGCCCUCCCCGCGUGGUGCCGGGCGAAGCCUCCGAGAGCGACUCGGAGCCGGAGCUGCUGGUGGAGACGGCCGGGGAGGCCCGCGGAGCCGGGCUGAAGGUGCCGGGCGAAGCCUCCGAGACGGACGAGGAGGAGGAGCAGGAGCAGCAGCAGCAGAGGCCGAAGACGCCGCCGGUGCUGGCGGAGGAGCCGGCGGCCGUGUGGGGAGGCGGCCCCUCGCUGCUGCAGCAGCGGCUGCGGGAGGGCACGGGGCGGCUGCGGGGGGCGGUGGGCAGCGCCCUGCGGCACAGCUACGGCAGCGCCGCCCGCAGCCUGGGCGGGCUCGGCGGAGCCCUGGGCCGGGCGCAGGUGACGGCCGCUGCCGCCGCGCACUGCCUGCGCCUGGCCCGCCGCGAUCUGCGCGCCGUGGCCGACACCAUCGACAUCGUCACGGCGUGUCACCUCCUGCCCGACAUCCGCGGGCAGCUCUGACCGGCACCGCGCUCGGCAUCCCCGCUGCGGCUGGCACCAGCGGCGGCACCGACGCCUGGCAGACAUCCACGGGCUGUUCGCGGCAUCGCCAGCACCGCAUCUGCCACGGCGGGGUCAUCAGUGCAGCGUCCUGCCCAGGGUGGAGCUGUGACAUCGAGUCAUGUUUGCAGCACCCCGUGCUGACCCUGAAGACCUCUUCACCACGGUGGCGUCAUCACCAGUGUACCACAGUGACACCGAACAGUGGCUUUGGACAGAGAGCGCCAGUCUGGUGCCCCAGGACCUGCAUGAUCUGGUGACAUCUUCACUGCUGGUCCCUUGGCCAGCUGGCACCAUCCCUGAACUGCAGCCUGCUGCUGGCUCAUCACCAUUGUCCCCAAAUGCCACUGUUUUAUGUGACAUGGAACUGAAUAAAGCCGUGGUGGUGUCAGAGCCACAGUGGGGAGCUUGGC